GUCACCUGACACGCUGCUCUCCUCCAUCAUGUCGGCUUCCUCCAGCCCGUAGCCGAAACUUUUGGGGAAGGACCCGACGGCAUCGUAGCUCCCAGACAACGUCGGCUCCUCGAACUGUAUCGACAUGCUGCGUCGAAUGAGCCUCUGGAGGGGAAAAAAGCUGCUGUUUAACGAGCCAAAUAAUCCGCUGAGGAAUGUUCUCGAUACUCUUUAAAACCAGCUAGCAUGGCAGGCUAACUUGACAGUAAACAUUCAACUCGGACGGUAUCUUCGUGGUAUUUAAGGUUGCUUUUUCUCUCCAAUAAACACCGAGGCGUUAAAGUGCCAUUAUAUUGUUUUUAAAAAAAAAAGUUAUCUAAAUAUGGGCUAAAGUUCGGGUGUAUGAAGCUAGUCACAAGUCUUGUGGCUUUCCUUCCAAGUCCCGCCUCUUUUAUCUGAUUGGCCGGUGGAGGCCCGGCCGCGUCACGUGACAGUCAGAUGCCGGAAGACUUUGAAGAACGGUGAGUACUGCUGACUCACGCUGUUCGAAACAAUCGAGUUUUUAUAUAAAUUUGUUGCGUUUCAAUCGUUUUGUUUAUUAAAAUGAUCCAUGAUGGCCGUAGUUCUCCUGUGGUUCUUCCUGGUGAGCCCAGUGGCACUGGCUGCAAGCAUGCCUGCUAAUAACGGGACAGUACCUCUGGUUCUGUGGCAUGGAAUGGGCGACAGCUGUUGCAAUCCACUCAGCUUGGGCGCCAUCAAGAAAAUGAUCGAGCAGGAGAUUCCGGGCAUUUACGUGCUUUCACUGAUGAUCGGCAAGAAUGUCGUGCAGGACACCGAAAACGGCUUUUUCAUGGAUGUGAACGAGCAGGUGUCCGUGGUGUGCGAUCAACUCGCUCAGGACCCAAAGUUGAAGGGAGGCUACAACGCCAUGGGCUUCUCCCAGGGGGCGCAAUUUCUGAGAGCCGUGGCCCAGCGAUGUCCUUCCCCGCCUAUGAAGAAUCUCAUCUCUGUGGGCGGCCAGCACCAAGGCGUGUACGGGCUGCCCAGGUGUCCCGGAGAGAGCUCUUACAUUUGCGACAUGAUCCGAAAGGCCCUGAACACGGAGGCGUACAGCGACCUGGUGCAAAAACACCUGGUGCAGGCCCAGUACUGGCACGACCCUUUGAAGGACGACCUGUACAAGAAGCACAGUCUCUUCCUGGCUGACAUCAACCAGGAGAGGGUGCUCAAUGAGACCUAUAAGAAGAAUCUUCAGAUGCUGGACAAGUUCGUCAUGGUGAAGUUUCUGCAGGACACGGUGGUCGAUCCGGUUGAUUCUGAGUGGUUCGGCUUCCUAAAAACGGGGCAGGCCAAAGAGACAGAGACUCUACAGGAGAGCGUCCUUUACAAAGAGGAUCGCCUGGGCCUGGCCGCCAUGGACAAGGCAGGGAAGCUGGUUUUCCUCGCCACUAAAGGAGACCACCUGCAGUUCAGUAGAGAGUGGUUCAACGCAAACCUGCUGCCUUACCUCCAACAUUAGAGAAAACUCUGGCUUCUCGCUAAUUGCUUCCUGUUGCACUGAGGAUCUGUCGCAUGCUGAUGGGUUCUAAGGUUUACUGUUAACUUCUGUCCUGUGUAAAUCAGUUUUACAAAUGUUGAAUAUUUUAACAAUAACAUGAUUUUAACAUGCAUACAUUUAUAGUCGGAGCCAUUCAUGCUUUGUGUUUACUUUGUUUUGGGGACCUAUAUGUGGUUGGACCACAGGUGGCGCUAUUGAGGGGCUGCACAUUUGUGAGGAAGUGAUGGUGACAGUCUUUUCCGCUUUUGCUGCUCAGCACAGUCUCAUGUCCACAGUCGCCACCAUUUUACAAACAACGGGUUGACUUGACAUCUUGUGCAAUAAAGAACAUUUCUAAACGA